UUUAAGUUGGUUUGCCAACCGUCAAUACAAUUAAAAGACGAAGAAGUGUUUUGUUUACAUCGUGUCAUCGAGAGUCGAAAUGCCAUACUGAACCGCUGAGCAGGACUGAAAAUUCCACUUCAGUCAUUCAUAAUUCAACUGGUGAUGGGGAACGCAGAAAGUGUUGUAGCGCAGAAACGACUGGCUCGUUUUCGUCCGGAUGAGAGACCUGUUAUAGAGGGGAUAUUUGACAGGCUUCAUGGAUCUGGCUCCUCUGUUUCGUCUGAAAAAACGGGGAAGGUUUUAUCCCUAGAUGUGUUUAAGUUGACAAUGGCAAAGAUGGCCUCAGAAUCAAUGAUAAAGAGGGUAUUUCAGGGCAUACACAGCAUUGAUCCAGGAGUGCCAGUGCCCCCUGGUGAUGGGAUAAGUCAGGAGCAGCUGGUGAUUUUCUUGGCAGAUAUUCUUAGGGGAACUGCAGAAGAACGUGCACCUUUGGUCUUGGCAAUGGCUGAGGGUGCAAAGGCUACUGCUACCACAACUGAGCAGAUCAGAGGUUUUGUGGAGGACCUGGUGUCAGCUGCAGUACAGACUCUAGCCCACAGGGGGAAUCUGCGUGCUUGGCAACUAGAUCGCAUGGGUGAUGGGCCUCAAGGUGUUAAGCUUCUGGCAGAACAGCUGACCUCUGAAUUAAAAUCUUCAGAUAAGAAUACGUGUGAUAUUCCUUGUCUGGAAGACUGGCUGUUCCGGAUCCCAGCAAUGGCCAUGUUUUUGGAGCUGCUGAUUGGCGAGGGUCUAGGAGUUGGGUUGCCCUCUCGUCCUCCCCCAACUCUGUUUCCUCUGUGUCAGUACGCUCCCUGGAGUGACCUCCGUUGUCUUUUGAAUAUACCUCUUCUGAUGUUCCUGUCACCUCAGCUGCCAGCUGGAUAUAGUGCCCCCUGGAGGUUGCUGUUCUCCACAAACAUACAUGGGGAAAGCUUCACCCGGCUGGUGGGCAACUGCAAAAAUCGGGGUCCCACUGUCAUUUUAGUAAAGGACACUAAAGGGCAUAUCUUCGGGGGCUUUGCAUCUCAAAGCUGGGAAGUCAAACCUCAGUUCCAGGGUGAUUCAAGGUGCUUUCUCUUCUCCAUUUUUCCAUACAUGAGAGUGUUCAACUGCACAGGCUAUAACAAUCAUUACAUGUACUUGAACCAGGGCCAGCAGACUAUGCCGAAUGGCUUGGGUAUGGGUGGUCAGCAUGGCUAUUUCGGCUUGUGGUUGGACUUCGAUUUUGGAAACGGCCACAGUAGGGCUCGACCACGCUGCACCACAUACGGCAGUCCUCAACUCUCAGGAGACGAGGACUUCAAACUGGACACCGUGGAGGUGUGGGCCGUCGGGCAGCUACCUGAAGAACAGGAGCAGGAUGAGAAGAAGAAGAGCGUAUUAGAUGCAGAUCCUGAAGUACAGGCCAUAAUGGAAAUGACAGGGAAGACCCUGCACAGCCAAGGCCUCCGGGAACCUGAGGAGGACGAGGAACAGUGAGGAAGAAAAAAUAGAAGACAAUGAGUAGAUCAAACCAGCAGUAUUUCAUUUCAGUGUUUGGUUUGGUUUGUUCUUUUACACUAAUGUAGAUAUAGAGGAAACUACACUGUUGCAAAUCACUUACUGAGGAGUUUAUACAGUGUAGUUUUUAUGUUAAUAUGCAAAAUCCAGGAGCUGGUUUCCUGCUUUCUGUGAAAUAUUAAAAUGUGCAUACAAAGAUAUUCUGUCAAAUACGGUUAAACACUGAGGAAUGACAACGUGUGACAGAAGUCUACAUUUCACAUCAAGUACCUGGAUGUUAUAUAUUCUGAUUUCGUCUUGACUGAUAUAUUUAAUGUCUUUAAACUGGAAGAUUCACUCAUUAAAUGGAAAAUAAAUAAAUACAUAGAACAU